CACUGUGCUUCUGCAUGAAACAACCUGCAUCACGUGACGAAGGCCGCAGCGGCUUCACGAGAACCGGAAGUAGAAGUUGAGUUGUUGUUGCAACACAGCUGCUGUCAUGUGAUAGCCUGUCUGAAAAGCUGCUGUGCUGCAGUAGCUUCCUGCUUCUUGAUGUUGUUAAAGUAAAAGUCCACAGGAGAGGAAUUUUAUGUUUGUUGGAGACGGAGCGCGCGGCUCGUAUCUGAAGGAGAACAGGGAAGCCGCGCAUUGCUAGUUUGGCUCCUCAGACGCCGCCGCCAUGGGUUGCUGUUACAGCAACGAGGACGAGAACACAAGUCAGGACCCUGAUGAGAUUAAGCCCCUUAUCCCCCACCCAAACCCCAUUAGCAAGCCUCCAAAUGGGACAGACUGGAUCAAUCCUAGCGUCCCAUCAGCGCGGACGGAUGAGCAGGCCAUUCUCACAUCCAUCCUGGUCAAGACAGCACAGAACAUCAUUGAUGUCUCAGCAGCUGACUCUGUUGUUAUGGAGCAGCAUGAAUACAUGGACAAAGCCAAGCAAUACAGUACAAAGUUGACUGCAGUGAGCACCAGCCUACCACAGAAGAAAGCACUAGCCCUCCCCUCACUCACUACCCAGCCCCACCAAGUGCUUGCAAGUGAUCUGGUGUCAUAUUCAGAUAUUCAGCAGGUGUCCAAGAUAGCUGCUUAUGCUUACAGUGCGAUCUCUCAAAUCAAAGUGGAUGCUAAAGAGGAACUGGUGGUCCAGUUUGCCAUUCCUUGAUUCUGCAACUCCGACCUGCAUAUUGUUCCUCCCAUCCAAGUCGCUCUUCGUCUCAUCUGUGUUCUCCUCCAGCCCACUUUUUCUGUUUUUUUUUAAAACUACUUUGAUCCUGUGCUUCUCGGUCAUACCUCUCAGUCAUACCUCUGACUGUUAAAAACCCCACAGAGGUUUUGCUCCGGUCUAACUGUCCACUAUUGUGCUUAGAGGAUCUGUGACAGUAGGUUUUCUGUCCAAUGUGCACUUGGGAGAGAGGUUCAUGUGGGAUUUCAGGCUCCAUAUGGAGAUGUAGGGGAAAAGUCACAUUCCUCAUCUCUCUUUUGUUAUAACCUGGAAGUUUUUCACGCCUUGUUUGGUUGAAUCUUCAGGAAAGUCUCACUUUACUUUAAUCCAAAAGCAUGAACUGAAUGGACGGAGUGCAAACCCCAGCAGUCUCUGUGACGAUGAAGGAAAAUGAAACAGCGUUUCAAAAGCAGGGGUGGGGACUGAAAAUUUUCAUUUGGUUAUUUUUUUUGUUUUCCUGUUCUAGCCAAAUGAUGAAUGCGUCUGAUGUGUGGGGAUUUAAUUCACUCAUGUCAGCUACGAAUCAGUCAGCUUCUGUUUUGACAUUUUUUAAUUUUUUGUGUGUGUUUUUUUUUUUUUUGCCUCAGAAUUUUAGAUAAUUGAAUGCAGUGGGGAACAGAAGAGUGAUGGAGGGGCAGGGUGUUGGAGGACACAGCAUAUUCAUCCUUUUGUACAGACGGAUUCUAAAAACAUGAUGGCUUGUACAGAGUUUGUCUGCUUGUAAAGGGGAGUUGAACCGACAUGCAGCCUUCUCAAGUGUUAGUUUUACACAAAAAGGUUCACUGCAGGUUAUCCUCAUAUAGAGUUGUCCAUAUUAAUCAGAAACUAACCAUCGUAGUCGAGUGUGUUCAAAUUCCAUGAACUGCAGGAGAUGGUGAGAUCUCAGAGCUUUUUGUGAUUAUUUAUUUUUUGGUCUUCAAUGCUUGUUUGCUCCACAGAGAGUGCGGUGAGCUGCUCUGGGCUCGAUAAAGGGAUGUUCAGCGAGGAUGUGACUAUUUAAACCACACAACUGAUUUCAGCUUUUUUUUUCAGUUACUUGGCUUUUCUUUUUGUUACUCGGAUGUGUAAUACUACCUGAAUAACUGUAUGUUUGUAAUAUUUUAGGCUAGUACCAAAAACUUUUAGUUUUUUUCUUUUUUUUUGGGUUUAAUCAGUACAUUAAAAAUUUUCAACAAAG